AUGUCGCUGACAGCCGUCCUCUUCCCACCAAAACGCCGUAGGCCGCUCUGGUUCUACGUCGUGCCGCCCGUCCUGACCCUCCUCUUCCUGGCCCACCUCCACUCCUUCAACGUUCUCUCGACCCUCCUCCCCUACAAUGCCAGCUCGGCAUACCGUAACCACAACCACAAACAACCUUCGGCGGCUUCCCACCUGAAGUCUAAGCCCGUCCAAGACUUCUGGAAGUCCCUCCAGAUCGCCCUUCACGCCACCGAGCCCUCCCUCUCCUCCCCGCUCCGCCUAACCAUCGGACCCCCGCUUUCCGAAGGCGAGCUCGACUCGAGUCCUUCUUCGACCACCGUCACAAACUCCACGCCGCGGCGGAAUCUCAUCGACAUCGAUGAUGCUUCCCUCGAGUCCCUCGCCGCGCGCCAUGCCUCCUUCGUAGCCUCCAUCAAGUCCACCUUGUCCGGGAAGCUCCCCGUCUGGGAGGGCACUCGCGGAGUCGUAUUGACCGCCGGCGGCGGCUACCUCGGCACCGCCCUGACCUCGAUCCUGAUGCUCCGCCGGUCCGGUUCCCAGCUCCCUGUCCACCUCUUCCUCGACACCCGCGCCGAGCGGGCAGCCGCCGCCAACGUCUGCGACGACGUCCUCCCGCGGAUGGCAGUGGAGUGUCUCGUCGUGGAGGACCUCCUCGCCUCCAGCAGCACCAACGCCACCAUACGACACUACCAGUACAAGGUACUGUCGAUCCUGCUGUCCCCCUUCCAGCAGACCCUCUACCUCGAUUCCGACGCCUGGCCCGUCCACGACCCGGAGCCCCUUUUCACGUCCGAGCCCUUCGCCUCCCACGGCCUCGUCACCUGGCCCGACUUUUGGCUUGAGACGGCGUCGCCCAACUACUACCGCAUCGCAAACUCCUCCUUCGUGCCGCCGCGGCCUCUCACCCGGCGCAGCUCCGAGUCCGGCAUCCUGCUGUACGACAAGGCGACGCACGCCGACGACCUCCUCCUGGCGACAUACUACAACUGGUUCGGCCCAGACUGCUUCUACCCCUUACUCUCGCAGGGCGCCCCCGGCGAGGGCGACAAGGAGACCUUCCUCCACGCCGCCCUCGUGCUGUCCCGACCCUUCUGGGACGUGCGCACCCCCGUCACCGUCCUCGGCCGCUGGAUCAACGAUACCUUCGAGACGGCCACCAUGCGCCAGGCCGAUCCGGCCGAGGACUUUACCCUCUUCAACGCUACCGCGUUCCACGACCACGCCCGCGAGGACCCGGAUGAGUCAAAGCGCAGGACCGCCAAGACCUUCUUCAUCCACCACAACCUCUUCAAGCUCGACGUCUCCUCGGUCGGCGCCACCUCGGACCCCAUGUUCCGGCUCGACGCCGAGGGAAGACCGGGCCGGCUGUGGGGCCCCGGCGGAGGCGGCGCCCUGAUCGAGGACAGCGGGUUCGACGUCGAGCGGCGCAUGUGGGACGUUGUGCUGGCGGCCAGGGGCUGCGGCGCGGCGUCUCAAGCGUCGGACGACGGCUGCGCGCGGCUCGUACGCUGGUACGAGGCCGUCUUCGGCGAAGCGCCGCCCCUGGGCUCCGCGUCCGCGGUUUGGGGUUGA